GUCCUCGCCACGGGCCUCAGCGCCCUGUACUCCCUCUCUGCCCCGCAAGAUCGAGGUGCGGGCGGACGACUGGCACAGCCUGCGUCGCGAGGACUGGAUGGGUGUGCCCGCGCUUGUCCUCUUCAUGAACUCGCUGGAGUUCUGCAACGCCGUCCUCCCAGCCUGCCCUGCCCGCCCCGAGAUCCCCCAUCCUGCCCGCCAGGGGCUGCCCAGCACCGUGCCCGGCACAGCCUGCCCUGCCCGCCCCGAGAUCCCCCCAUCCUGCCCCCCCGGGGGCUGCCCAGCUCCGUGCCCGGCACAGCCUGCCCUGCCCGCCCCGAGAUCCCCCAUCCUGCCCGCCGGGGGCUGCCCAGCACCGUGCCCGGCACAGCCUGCCCUGCCCGCCCCGAGAUCCCCCAUCCUGCCCCCCGGGGGCUGCCCAGCUCCGUGCCCGGCACAGCCUGUCCUGCCCGUCCCGAGAUCCCCCAUCCUGCCCCCCGGGGGCUGCCCAGCACCGUGCCCGGCACAGCCUGCCCUGCCCGCCCCGAGAUCCCGCAUUCUGCCCCCCGGGGGCUGCCCAGCUCCGUGCCCGGCACAGCCUGCCCUGCCCGCCCCGAGAUCCCGCAUUCUGCCCCCCGGGGGCUGCCCAGCUCCGUGCCCGGCACAGCCUGUCCUGCCCGCCCCGAGAUCCCCCAUCCUGCCCGCUGGGGGCUGCCCAGCACCGCCCUCUGCCACGCUGCGCCCUUCUCCUGGUGUGGAGUGGAGGCUGCAGCCUGGAUCGCAGUGUCUGGCUGCACUGGGAGGGACCCAGGUGUCCUGCAGCCCCUGCUGCGGCCGGGCGCCCACGCUGAGCUCUGUGCUCUUGCAGGUGGCCCACCCGCUGGUGCAGAAGCAGCUGGUGAAUUACGUCCACAACGGCUUCCUGGUGCCCGUCCUGGGCCCGGCCCUGCACAAGGCGGCGGUGGAGGAGCUGGUGGCCAGCACGGCGUACCUGGAGCUGUUCCUGCGCAGCGUCAGCGACCCGGCCCUGCUCCGAACCUUCCUCCGCUUUCUCCUGCUUCACCGGCACGACCAUAGCACCAUCCUCGACACGCUCGUCGCCCGCAUCGCCGCCAACUCCCGGCUCUGCAUGGUGUCUCUGAGCCUCUUCCGCACUCUGCUCAACCUGAACUGCGAGGACGUGAUGCUGCAGCUGGUGCUCAGGUACCUGAUCCCCUGCAGCCACGUCAUGCUGAGCCAGAAGCGGGCGGUGAAGGACCUGGACAUCUACGGCAAGUCGGCCGACAAGUUCCUGUCGCUAAUCCCGCGGUGCUGCCGGGCCGAGAGCCUGCCCGCGCCCGACCGGGAGGAGGAGCACGCCACCUGGGCCAAAGCCCACGGGAGCCCCACCGUGGACACCUCCUCCGUGGUCACCGUGCCCAAGCCCUCCACGCCGUCCCGUCUCGCCUUCUUCAUGCGCCAGCAGAGCUGCAGCUCGGAGGCGGGGAGCCCGGCGCCCCGCUCGCCCGGCCUGGCCACGCCCGGCGGGAGCCCCUGCCACCGCCCGGCCAGGUGGGAGGAGGUGGCGGAGCUGGACGGGAACUACCUGGAGUACCUGCGGGAUGCGCAGCUCGGCGUGGAGCAGUGCGUGCGGGCCUGCCGCGUCUGGUCGGCCCCCUAUGACGGGGAGCGGCCGAGUGCCGCCAGCCUGGCCCCCUCCCAGCCCGCCGGCCCCCCGGGCCCCGCCACCCCGCGCACGAAGAAGAGGGGCCUGGCAGAGGAGAGGGUGGGGCUGGCCGGGGCCCCCAGCAGCAGUGAGCCCAGCGCUGGCCCCUCCACGCCCGACGUCGAGGACUCAACCCCGCUCCUCAACGGGGCCCCUAGGGUGGAGUCGAGCCGGGCCGGCAGGCCAGCCGGGGCCGUGGCGGUGAAGAAGGUGCGCCGGGGUCCCCCCUCUGCCAGCUCGGAGCGGAGAGGGCUCAAGGCCGAGGCGGAGAACGGCUCCCCCACCGCCCCGGCCCCGGCUCCGGCCCCGGCCUGGGAGCAGCCGUCCGUGGACUCCCUGAUCGACGAGCUGCUGGCCCGGGCCCCCAGCGAGCCCAACGGCGCCAGCCUGAGCAUCGAGAGCUUCUCGCGGGAGCUGCGGGAGCUGGAGGCUGAGCUGCAGAGCGGAGCUGAGCAGCCCCCCACCUCGCCCGCCGAGCCCCUCUCCCAGGAGGAGGAGGAGGCCUACGAGCGGUUCGCCUCGCCCCCCGAGCGCCCGGUUCUGGCCGCCUCCGGGGGGGCCCCGGGCCCCCGGGCCCAACUCGUCAGCAGCCCCCUGUGUGCCCUAGGACAGCCGCCCAGCCAGCCCUUCACAGGUCCCUUCGUGGCCGUGCUGCUGGCCAAGCUGGAGAACAUGGUGCAGAACUCGCUGUAUGUGAACGUGCUGGUGACGGGGCUGGUGGCCCGACUCGCCUGCUACCCGCAGCCCCUGCUCCGCUCCUUCCUGCUCAACACCAACAUGGUUUUCCAGCCCAGCGUCAAGUCCCUGCUGCAGGUCCUGGGCUCGGUGAAGAACAAGAUCGAGAGCUUCGCCGCCAGGCAGGAGGACUUCCCCACCCUGCUCUUCAAAGCCCGCAAGUACCUGCUCGCCCGCGGCCAGCUGGACUGGGCCGACGCCCCGAAUGCCGCGCCUGCCCUGCGCCGCUCGGAGACGCUGGUGAAGAGCCGGAAGCCGUCCAUCGGGGAGCUGAUCCUGCGGCAUGCCAACAGCCCGACGCGGGCGCGGCAGGCGGCCCAGCUGGCCCUGCAGCAGGUGCGGGAGGCGCCGGUGGGCGCAGAGAAGCAGAGCGAGGCGCUGCGGGUGAGGAACGCCGUGUACAGCGCCGUGAUCUUCAGCGAGUUCCUCAAGGAGCUGGCGGCCAUUGCCCAGGCCCAUGGGGUCACCUCGCCCUUCCUGCUGGAGCCUGAGGAGUGAGGGGCGCUGGGCCGCACCCCCUGCCCACCGGCCCCGUCCUCCCGCUGGCCGGGCGCUGCCGGGACUCGCCUUUUUAACCUGCCCUCGGGACACGGACCUUAAUUUAUUGGGGGUGCGGGGGGGAGGGAGGGGCUGCACUGUGGAUAAAGGAGAGUGUCCCUCUGA